UGCUGGGAGCCGUCAGUUGGCCUUGGAAACAUGGCCUGGUGACUCCCGUUAUCUCCUCCAGGCUCUGACACAGCGGUUUGGCCGGGACCGGAGCUGUCUGCGAGGACGUUUUGAACGUGAAAUGAGAUCGCCAGAGAUGCAGUUCGGGCCCUGAAUGGACUGUUGUGCAAACAGCGACGCGGUAACUGGCUUUAGCGCGAGUGUCACGCCCACUGUGGUCGGUAACGUUAAAACGGUACCGUACGGUAAGCUAGCUCAGCUCCGGCUAGUUAAGGCAGCCAGGCAAAAGCAGCUGUUAGCUCGGCAGUGAUGUAGUGUGGAGCGGGGGCUGCCGGUGCUGGUUGCUCGCUGUCGGGCUGUCGUGUGUUAGGUUCCUCCCAGCACCACAGUCUGCUCCGCCAGACUCCGCCGUCAGAUAAGACUGCGACAGUUAAGGCAGUUAUGUUGUUGUAGGUGGUUAGCAGGCUGUCUAGGGCGUUUCUGACUUUCUGUCACUGAAUUUUUAAUGUUUGCCUCUUUCGGCAUCACUGUCGGAGGAGAGAGUGAUGGGCUCCGGGGCUGUGGACUCGUCCCAGUGGCUUUCGGUGAAGGAGGAGACGAUAUUUCUCCAUGACGGACUCAUACGGGUCACGGAUCUGGCCGAGCUGCCCAGUGAGAUUGGAGUGUCGGAACAGGGAGACACUGAGCAGGAGAUUCUUACUUUUGAGACAAAGAACCCCGUUGAGCUUGCAGAGCGUCUCCGUGCCGUCUGCGGGAAUCAGAGCAAUGCAUACGCUCGUCUGCUGGAAUACCGUCUCAACGCUCUGCGCGGCCUGUGGGCGGCGCAGCGGCAGCUGGCCCUGGAGGAGCAGCAGGACCGUGAGGGGACGGGAGGGGCCGAUGAGGAGACCCUGGCCUUGCUCAAAAGACAAGGUCUCCUCCAGCAACCUGAGCAAGCUCCUUUCACUUCCCGUGUCGCCCUACUGCUGGUCUUCCCCCUGCUGCAGUCCCAGACUCGCAGCGACCCAGCACUCUGCGGCGUGACGGCAGAAGUACUGCUAGCCUGCCUCCGGGAUUGCCAGCCGCUCAGCCUCAGCAAAGAGCCUUCAGACUGUCUCAAUGGCCUGGAGGGCUUGCUGUGCUCCUGGCUAGAAGAUGAGCCCCAGGAUUCGGGCCAGGCUCAGCCUAAGGCUCGCUCACAGAUUCUUCACACACAGAGACAGCGGGAAAAUGCGGCUGCUGCACUUGUGGCCCUUGCAUGCGCCAGGGGCUCUUUGAAGACCUUCAUUCACACAGUUCAUCUGCUGCAAAAACAAAGAGACCUGGGCCAUCUUCCUGUGUCAGAUGUCCUUUACAGACUUCUGCUCCUUGAGGGAGGUCCGGGGUCCCCAUCCUGCCUCUUAGGGGGUAAGCACAGUGUGUCUUGGGGCUUUGAGGACAUGCUGCCCACUCCUGACAAUUCCACUGGAGGAGCAGAAAGUAAAGACACAGACCUAGGGCGCUGUCUAGCCACAGAUGGUCUAUAUCUGUAUACCACUAAUUCUUCUGGGAGAGGACUAAGCAAGCUUGGCUCUGGUUUACAUGGAACAUUGAGGGGUUUUGUGUAUUGUCGAAAUGAAGAGUUGGAGCCUGGCUGGGUUGUGUUCAGCAGCGGUCGUCUCCUCCACCGUCCUUCUUCCUUUGAUGCCAAGCCUCAUCAGCUGUGCCAGGUUGUUGAUCCCUUCACUCUACAGGUGUGCCAGAUUGUGCCCAUGCCAGCCCAUCACUUCCCCGUGGGCAGCAGCAUGACCACGCUCCAUCUCUGCUCAGAUGGAACUUAUCUGUACUGGGUCUGGUCCCCAGCAAGUCUCAAUGAAAAGACGCAGAAAGGCCACUCUGUCUUCAUGGAUGUUUUUCAUCUGUCGACGCAGACAGGGUUGUGUGUUGCAGACAUCCUGCAAGAGAGAGUUAUUCUAACUCGCAAAGAGGGCGAGUCUUCCAAGUGCUUGAAUGAACUUCUCUUGAGUCGAAUGUCACGCUUCCGGGCCUCCCAUUCUGCCACACUGGCUGCUCUCACAGGCUCUGCAAUCACCAACACUGUCAAAGAGGAACAGUCUGCUGUAAACACUAGUUGUGGCCUCCCUCUGAAGACGCUGAGAAAGACCCCGAUGUAUGUGUGUGGCACCUACCUAGUGAUGCUUGUUUCUCCUCCCGGUGUGUCUGGGAGUUCUGCCACUCGUUCCCUAUUCGGAGGCACCAGCAGCCUGUCUUCUCUAAAAAUUUUAGCCUCCAGCCUGGUCUUCAACUUGGCUGAUGGCCAGUUCAGCAGUCGCGCUGACCUCAUUGAUGCUCCUGGCAGUUCUCUUGGCAGGGGAGCCCAGGUAGCAGGGCUAGGCGCAUGCUAUGAUGCAUUGAACAACUUGAUCUGGACAUGCUCCAGUGACUACAUAGAUCAGUGGUGCAAUCCUGGGAACCAAGCCUUUCAUCAUGUGUGCCAUAGGCUCGGUGUUAGCCAUGUCAUCAAGGAACCCAAAGAGGAAACGGUGGCCACUGGAGAGGUGAUCAACCAGCUACUUCAUCAUGUCGGUGCUAUGUGUAUCCACCAGCUGAACCUGCUGGCAGCCAGCAGCAACAGUCUGCCCCUGGAAGCGCUGCUGGGUAAACAGCAUCCCAUCGAAGCCCGUCACUUUGGCAGCAUCUGUGACAUUAUGGAGAAGGCCAUGGUCAAUAGAGAUACCUGCAUUAUCCGCUGCAUUUUGGUAGUGUUCCAGGUGGUUUUCAGGUUCUUCAAUCCCCUGUCGGAGCAGGAUAGAGAGAGUGUGCGUCGAUCUGGCCGUCUCCUGUGGCAGUUGCUCAUGGCUCCAGUGGAUCAGAUAGGAACUGAGAUACAGAGAGAAGUGUGUCUGGCUAUUAGCUCAGGCCUGAACACUUUGUAUCAAGGAGAGACGGAACUGAAUAAACUACUGAAACUCGUUUUAACUGAAGGUGAAAGAAACCGUGGCCUGUCUCAACUUCGUGACGUAAUUCUCACCAACUUGGCUGAACAACUACAGAAGAAUAGGUUUGGGAGUGAAGAUGAUGACCACUACAGACUAAACGAUGAACUUCUACAUUAUGUCCUGAAGACAGUUGUCCGCGAGUCCUGCCUCCUCAUCACUAAAUGUCAGACUGUUGCCAGAGAUGACUUCCAGAAGCUGCUCUCCACUGUACCAGUGGUCUCACCUUGUUUGCGCUACCUCAUGGCUGUUCAAAAUCACCUCCUCAGUAACACCAUUCUUAUCCGUCCAGAUGAAAGUGAUGACAGUGAUAGCUCCCUGCAAGGGGAAACAAUGAAGGUACAGGAGCUGCAGAGCAGCAUCUUGUCUCUAGCAACCAAAAUCCUGGUGGGUUGUGAUGAAGUAUUGGAGACCCUGCAGCAGGUGACCACUGCUCUGAUUAACAGUGACAUCUCUGACAGAGAGACCAGGUUGAAGGGAUUGGAGCAGGUGACCAAGGCGACCAUGCUUGGGCACCUUUUACCAGUGCUACUCACCUCUCUGAUGCAUCCCACCUUGCAGACGCUCACCCUUGCUGAUGCCCUCAUGCCCCAGUUGGUGCAGCUAGUGCUUUAUACCAGCCAGACUGCCUUGUUACUCAAGACUCAGUCUCUCCUUUUCACUGAGGAUCCUCUACCUGUCGGUGGCUCUCUCGGGCAGGGAGCUAAAGCAUGUACUGCUGAUGACAAAAUUCUCGAUGAGCGAGAAGAGGCCGGGUUCUUGACUGGACUGAAGAUCCCUGCUCCAUGGGCUGCUGGGAAAACGGUCGAGACGAUGCACCCUGUGAGGGAUAAUUACAAGUUCAAGGAGACGGUGCACAUCCCGGGAGCUCGCUGCCUGUACCUGCGCUUCGAUGCCCGCUGCUCCUCACAGUACGACUAUGACAAGCUGGUUAUCUAUGCUGGUCCCAACACCAACAGUCGUAAAGUAACAGAGUAUGGAGGAAACACUCUUGGGUAUGGAAGUCGCAGUGUCUUAGGAACGGGUUGGCCUAAAGAUCUUGUAAAGGUUGAAGGCGAUACUGUUACAUUUUCCUUUGAAAUGAGAAGUGGCCGUGAACACAACACUCCUGAUAAAGCCAUGUGGGGGUUCGCCUGUACAGUCAGAGCUCAGGAGUCCUCUGAGGAUGUCUCUGGAGGCCUCCCCUUCCUUGCAGACCUCGCACUGGGUCUGUCAGUGCUGGCCUGCUCAAUGCUCCGCAUUCUUUACAACGGGCCAGAAGUGACGAGAGAAGAAGAAGCCUGCCAGGAUUUGUUGUGCUCAAAGCUUUUGCAAAGAUGCCAAUGGCAGGUGGAAGCAAACGGUGCCAUCUCUCCAGCUCUCACGCCCAGCCCCUCACCACUGCCACUCACUAUUGAGGAGGACCGGGAGUUUACCUACCCGUCUGAUGUUCUCAUCCCGCCUCCUGGCCUCAUGCCCGGGUCCUACUUUGACCUGCCUCGUAUCCGCCUUCCUCCAGGCAUCAUGAGCAGGCUGAGGGAAGUGUCUGGAAGGGCUCGACCACAGUUCCGCCCCAGCAUCAAGGAGGUGAUCCGUCCAGACGUCUUAGAAGAGGUUAUUGUUUCCUGUGUCAUUAAACAUCUGAGUCUGGUGGAUGCUCUCCAGUCACUUGUGAACUAUCAGUACAGAGAAGAUCACACAGAGGAAUAUGACCUAGUCUGCAAGAUUAUGGCUGAGACAUUUAAAAAGAUCAAUGCAAUGGAGCGUCAGCUGCAAAGUGUUGCAGAAUUGGAACAGAAGUGGCAAAAUGAGGUAGAAGAGGCUCAGCAAGGAAAACUGGAGAACAACACUCCUUUUUUUCACGACUAUCACUUCUUUGAGAACAAAAUGAAGGAACUGGAAUUACUAUGUUCCCUGAAGGAGGUUCCAUUCGAUUUCAGUGAUUUAGAGAAUGUUGUUCUAGCACUGAGGGAGAAGUUCUUCCAGGAAGUAAACGCCACACUCAUCAGAGGCAUCGUCCCACUGGCUAAAACCAAAAUGCUUGUAAAAAGUUUGAUGAACCGCUCUGAGCUUCUUCUCCACGUUACCAUCGCUCCACACUGCAGAAGCCUAACCACCACACCAGCUGGGACUCCAGGUCCAGCCUCCAAGUCGGUGUCAGAUGCCAAGACAGUGAUCCCCUUGGUCAAGCAGCCAGUCUUCUUACGCAGCAUGUCUGCACCCUCUGACCUGGAGAUGAUUGCCAACCAAGAUUUAGAGUUUACACAUGCUCCACAAAGAAGGCGACACCACCCAACCAGUCAUCGCAGCAGCUCAUUCACCCUGCUGCAGUCUCUGGCCAUUGAGGACGGCAGAGACAAGCCAACAUACAGUGUGCUGCUGGGACAGCUAUUUGCUUUCAUUGGAACCACACCUGAUCAGGCUGUGUCGAGCAGCAGCUUCCUGUCGGCUGCGCAGACACGCUGGAGACGAGGCAGCACGCGGAAGCAGGCACUCGUUCAUAUGAGAGAACUGCUAACUGCUGCUGUCAGAGUAGGUGGGGUAACACAUCUGGUGGGACCUGUUACUAUGGUGCUACAAGGUGGCCCAAGGAUCGAGGAGCUGACCUGUGGUGGAAUGGUUGAGCAGGUCCAGGAAGCUUUCGGAGAGACCAUGACCUCUGUAGUGUCACUAUGUGCUCGCUACCCUAUUGCUUGUGCCAACAGUAUUGGCUUGCUUUGCACAAUCCCCUACACCAGGAGUGAGGAGCAGUGCCUUGUUCGAAGUGGACUUGUCCAGCUCAUGGAUAGACUUUGCAGUCUGAGUGGUCAGAGAGAAUGCAGCUCAAAUGAGAAGCAGACCAAAAAGCAGAAGGUGGCCACAAUGGCUUGGGCUGCAUUUCAGGUACUGGCCAACCGGUGCAUCGAAUGGGAGAAAGUGGAAGGCGGUUCAACAGAUGCAGUUCAUUCUGGCCUGGCAAGGCAGGUUUCCAGCCUGCUGACCAAUCACCUAGCCAGAGCAACAGAGUGCUGUGGAAAUCAGGCGGCUGGCAAUGACGCUCUGCAGGAUGUACUCAGUCUGCUCAAUGAUCUUUCCAGGAGCCACAUAGGGAAAGCCAUCCUGAGCCAACCUGCCUGUGUUUCUAAGCUCUUGUCCUUACUGCUUGACCAGAGACCCUCUCCAAAGCUAGUUCUUAUCAUCUUGCAGCUAUGCCGAGCUGCACUGCCUCUCAUGAGUGUUGAGGACUGUGGAAACGUGGCUUUGCCCUCAUGGAGUUUCUCAAUAAACCCCCUAGACGCUGAGCAGCAGGAUGCCAGUGACCCAGCAUCACGUAUUGCUGCUUUGCUUCUGGCUAAGCUGGCAGACUAUGUAGUGCCAGGGUGUCAGACCCUUCUUUCUCCCAGCUCCUCCGAGCCAGACACCAGUCUAUCCCGGGCCAGCUCCAAAGGAGCUCUCAAGACGGAGGAUAUCGGGGAAGAAGCAGAAGCAGUCGAUGGCAAGCUGUCAAUUUUUAUCCACAAAAGAGAGGAUCAGUCAUCCCAUGAGGUUUUACAGCCUCUUCUUAGCAGUUCUGAGGGGCGACCUUUUCGACUGGGCACUGGGGCAAACAUGGAAAAGGUGGUAAAGAUGGACAGAGACAUGACAAAGAGUGGAAGCUGUGAGGUGAUCACUGAAGAGGCAUCGGCUGCCCUGAGGAAGGCCAACAAGUGGGCUCAGUCUGGACUGAUAGUGAGCGUCGGUCCACCUGUGGAGACGAUGGCUCAGGAGGCGGCAGGGGGCAUUACAGCUGGCGACAAAAAGAAAACGGCACAGACCGCCGUUUGUAGGGACAGGAACGCUGAAUUGGCCAGGUCCGACCCAGUCCGGCCAUUCAUCAGCGGUCACGUUGCAAACAGUAUGGCUGCUGAGGUUAUUGCCCUGCUGCACAGUCUGCUCACCGCUCCAGAAUCCAACACUGCACAGAUCUGGACAAGCACCGUCGAAAAAGUGCUUUCCAGAGCUCUGAUGUUUAUUCCUCAGCUGGGAAAGUAUGCUGAGAGCAUCUUGGAAAAUGGUAGCAGCAGUGGCAGAAAACUAGCCAAACUGCAGGCCAUCGGCAGACAAGCUGUUGCUGCUCUUUGCGCACUUGGGGGCUUCAAGGAGACGAUUAAGAUUGGUUCUGAAGUCCAGGUGGUAGGUAAAGGAGUUCUGGGUAGUGUGGGCAUAGUAAUGUCCAUAAAUGAGCAGGAGGGCAUUGCUACUGUCAAAUUUCCAUCCUGUGAGUACAGAAGAGCUUGCAAAGCCUCAGACGUCCUUACAGUACCAAUAUCACGCCUCUGCACUCCCAGAUCUGAGGCUCUUCCCAUCUAUAAGCUCUCAAUUACAGAAAAGGUGGUUCAAGCUGUGCAGUCUAUGCUUCUGCCACAGGAGGGCAGUCUCUCCAUUCAUACGUCCCUACCAGCUACUGGAGAUGGGUCCAGCCCAGUAAUGGCUGCAGUGCGCUUGCUGGCUGAAAUCAGAACUAGGGCAUGUCUGGUGAUGGCACAGCUCUUGGAGGAUAGCUCCUUCUGUGAGGAGUUCAUUCAGCAGUGUCCAGCUGCUGUGGAGGUUCUAAACCUAGUUGCCCAGGAGUGCAGCCCUGGAGAGCGUCUUGGUAUGGUUGAGGCUCAGUGUGAGAGAGUAAGAAUGCUGUACCGGGACUGUGCUCGGCCACCGCCUCCACCACUGCAGACAGACAGACGGCAGCCCAAGGAGAUCACUUGGUGUCCAUCCAGAGUGUUUCCUCCAGUCCGUGCUUGCUUGUUCUCCUCCCGGCUGACCUCUGUCACCUUCCUGGCUGAUCCGAGCGCCGGAGGUGGUCUGCCCCGAGGAACUUUUAUCUAUGCCACCUCUCCUGUACCAGUUCAGGCACCAUCCUUUUACUGGGAGAUAGAAGUUGUCUCCUAUGGAGACUCUGAGGAGGACAGUGGGCCAAUAGUGUCCUUUGGUUUUGCUACAGAGGCAGAGAAGAGAGACGGAGCAUGGACCAACCCUGUUGGCACAUGUCUGUUUCACAAUAAUGGUAGGGCGGUGCAUUACAAUGGCUCCAGUCUGCUACAGUGGAAAAGUGUCAGACUUGAUGUGGUCCUACUUCCUGGCGAUGUGGCAGGAAUUGGCUGGGAGCGCUCAGAGGGCACACCGCCCCCUCCUGGCCAGGCCCCUAAAGGAAGAGUCUACUUUACUUACUGUGGACAGCGGCUAAAUCCUAGUCUUGAAGAUGUAGCAGGUGGAAUGUGGCCUCUUGUCCACAUUCAGAAGAAGAAUGCAAAGAUCCGUGCCAACUUUGGAAGCCGGCCUUUUGCAUACGCAGAAGGCCAAGCACACCGGAAUGCAGCUGACUUAUGUGUAGACCUAGCAGAGGAAAUAAGUGCAAAUUUUGAAGCGCUUCCCUUUGCCAUGGCCUCAGACAGUGAUAACGAUGCAGGUGCAAGUGUCACUUCCGACUCUGGCUCUCAUGGCCCCCCCUGUCGGAUUGCAGCCGUUGCAGUUCCUCAGCAGCAGUACAACAGUGAUCUGUCGUGCCAUUACAAGGUGGAGCUGAGCUAUGAAAACCUGUUCACCUCUGGGCCUGACUCACAUCCCCCACCUAUUGCUGAUGAUGAGAGUGAUGACGAGGAUGAUGACGAUGUUCCCAGAGAGGAUCACUAUGCUCUUCUGGUGAAGGCUUGGGAGACGAAAGUAUUCCCUACUAUUCGUAGGCGGUUCCGUAACGAGGCUGAGAGGAAAUCGGGCUUGGAUCAAAUCAAGGGAGCCCUUCAGCUGGGCAUGGUUGACAUCGCAAGACAGACAGUGGAGUUCCUGUAUGAGGAGAAUGGUGGUAUUCCUCGUGACCUCUACCUUCCUACUAUUGAGGACAUCAAAGAUGAGGCCAACAAGUUCACUAUUGACAAAGUCCGAAAAGGGUUGACUGUGGUCAUCCGCUGUCCUGACAGCAAUAACACCAACAGCACAACCGGAGGAACAGCGCUGCCCAAGUUCGCUAUCCGUGGAAUGUUGAAAACGUUCGGUUUGCACGGGGUUGUGCUGGAUGUGGACUCCGUGAAUGAACUGGUGCAGGUGGAGACGUACCUCCGCAGCGAAGGUGUGCUCGUCAGAUACUGGUACCCCAUUGAGAUGCUCGAACGUCCGCCAGCAGGUUCUCGACGCACUGCGGCUAACGGCCUGGUGUCUUUGGACAGCAGUAACAUUCAGAUUCAUAGGGAACUCCUUCGAUGCGAAAGCGCGCUCGCUCGGUUAUACUGUCGCAUGGCUCUGCUCAACAUCUUCGCCCCCAAGAAUCCCCACACUUUCACUCGUCUCUUCCACAUCCCUGCGAUCCGUGACAUAACUCUGGAACACUUGCAGCUUCUGUCUAAUCAGCUGCUGGCUCCACCUCUCCCUGAUGGCACCAUCAGCUCCAGCUCCAUUCUCUUGGCUCAGUCGGUGCUUCACAACCUCGAAGGUCAAAGUUGCUCUCCCACAGACCUGUUUUAUCAGGGCAAUGCUCAGCCCAUCCGGGAGUGGUUGACCGUGGCCAUCACUCGUGCCUUGCAUCAAGGAGAAGAAAGUUUGCUGGAACUCACAAAACAGAUUUGCUGUUUCCUGCAGAAUGCACCUGAGCAGUUUACAUCUGAGGAGUUUCCUGUUCUGGAGUCAAAAGUUAGUAUGGAUGUUAGUUUUCCCGGAGCGGCGUUUGUGAUCGUCUCCUGCAAAGAAAGUCAACUGGGCUGCCGCAAAGACUCAAGCUUGUACAAGGCCCCCUGGGCUCGAGUCAUGGUUUAUGGCCUGGGCCACAAAGUGCGAAGAAAUGGCCAGCUGAAUCUGAUGGAGGCAGUGUGUUAUCCUCUAGAUGCCUCUCCUACCAACACAGGCCUUACGCCCCCUCCCACCACAAACCAGUACCCCUCUGUUAUCAUUCCCACUGACAAAGUGCACAUCAAGCUGGGAGUGUCACCCCCUCCUGGUGCUGUGCUGGUGCUCCACUCCUUACCACUAGAGUUUCCUCUGGCGAUGGCGUUUGCAGAGCAGCUGUUGACGUGGAAGCUGGGGGAGAGCAGCGAGCGAUCCGAGGAUGAGUUGGACACUGUGCCCUCAUCGGUGCUGCUGCAGGUGGUAGAACUGCUCGGCGGAUUGCUUUGGACUACUGAUCUGGCUCCCUCCAUCAAGGAGCUCGUCUUUCACCUGUUGGCUGAACUUUUGCGGAAGAUCCACCACUUGGAGCAGCGCAAGAGCCCCGCUGGCCUUUCCAGCUCCAUUGCUCUGCUGCUGAACCCCUGCCUGGCAGUCCUAAUGGCCCUGCAGACAGAGCUCCGAAAACUUUACGACAGGGAAACUCAGGGAUGGGCGGCUGGAUGCGCCGGAGGAGGAUCGUCAUCUGGGGGCAUAGCGUUGGCGCUGGGGGCAGAGCAGAGCCGGUUCUCCACCUACUUCCAUGCCCUAUUGGAAGUGUGUUUGGCUGUGGCGGAGGUGACGCUUCCUCUCAAUGUCGGCAGCUCUUCGGUGGGACCCCUCUCCUCCACCAGCGCACCGAACCUCAGCGACUCUUCCUCGUCGUCUUCGUCGUCCCCGGGCCAGACGCCACAAAGCCCCAGUUUGCUUUCGAAGCGUAAGAAGGUGAAGAUGAAGCGUGAGAGGGCAGCAGCUGCUGUGGCAGCAGCCGCCUCCGGAAAGAGAACAAGCGGAGGUGCGAGGCUGUCAGAAAGCGACAGCGCCCUCCUGAACAUGGCGGGCAGCAAACCCGAGGACAUGCUGUGGUUCCACCGCUGCCUCACCCUCCUGAUGAUUCUGAGACAUCUCGCCAAUAAGGACCCGCAGGGCUUAAGCGUAACCAGCGACGCCGUGACGGACGCUUGCCAAGCUCUAGUUGGUCCCACGUCUCAUAGCCGCCUGCUGGUGCUCUCAGGUAUCCCCACACACCUCGAGGAGGCGGUUGUUCGAAACGCCAUCCGCAGGGCGUGCAACGCACACGGAGGUCUGUUCAAAGAUGAAGUCUUCAUUCCCGUGCAGGAAGAGGAUCCCAAGAAGAAAUCAGGAGCAGGGGUUUCAAGCCCACACGACAGCAAAGCUGCUCCAGAACCUGACCGACCUUUUUCUACCAAUGGAGGUCCUGAGAGUCCCGACAGCUCCAGCAGUGUCACUCCAGCUUUAAGUGUGAGCGCUUCGGCUUCCACCAGCCAGACCUCCAUUUGCAGCUCCUCUCAGGGGGUCUCUCGCACAGUCAGUGAACUUUCUGUUGAUCAGGAGCCUUCAGCUGUACCCCCGCUCACGCCCGCAGCCGCUGCUUCGGCAGUGACAUACCCCCAGCAGGCUCCUCAGGACUCUCAGACUGUCUCCAGUCAGGAAAGUCUAGACACUUCACUGUGCAGCACGGGAAGCCUGGGGAGUCUCGGCAGUUUGGGGGAGCCUCUGGACAACACAGAAACACCGUCUGCCUCGGAUGGAGCCUCUAUGCAGACAGUCACUUCCUUUGAGAGCACAACAGCUACAGCCAGGCCUAUCAAGGGCUAUGCUGUCAUUGAGGUCCGCUCUCGAGCGAAGGUGGAAAAGAUCCGUGCCAGUCUGUUCAACAGCGGUGACCUGAUUGGUUUGUCCAGCCUGGAAGGUGAAGAGGAGCUGAUGGAGUUAACCAACGAGGAGAUCCUGACCGUUUCCAGUGUUAACCAAAGCCUGUUUGACACACAGGGAAGCUCUGCUCUAGAAGACUACUUUCUGGAUAAGUCGAUCAAAGGUGAAAAACUCGUACCUGGAGCGAGAGACGUCCUGACCGAUAUUUUUAAAAGCUGUGUGCACUCUGAGCAAAUGUUGAGCCUCACACCGGCCAAGCCCGUUAAGGUGUCUGAUAUUUUCCUCAGCAAAGAGCAGAUUAACUCUCAGACUCCAGGGAACCUGCUGCACACUUUCUUUACCAACGUUCGACCUCCUAAAAAAGUGCUUGAAGACCAACUCACUCAGAUUUUACGAAAGUAUGGAACGCCCAAGCCGAAUAAGAACAAGUACAACAAAGCAGGAAAAGAACAACAUCAGGGUAAGGUUGUGAGCACCAAGAGACCCAUCACAAAGCCUCUGACCAAGGAGAAAUCAGUCCUCAACAGUGUUAGAACUGCGCUGAGUGAGAAGAAAACUGUCCUAAAGCCAAAAUCUCCUGAGAAAUCGAGGCCAGAUGAGAAGGACGUAGAAAAAUCCCCCUCUAAAAAAACUGAAGUGCCAGAGGAAAAGUUCCUGACACUGGAAGGCUUCCAUAAAUUUACAGUCGAUCGGGCAAAGCAAGACAUCCGCAGUGUGUGGCGAGCCAUUUUGGCUUGUGGUUACGACCUUCAUUUUGAAAGGUGCACAUGUAUAGACACUCGCCACGCCCAGAAGGCCUGUAGAAAGUGGAGCUUGGAAAUGGAUGUGGCGUUGGUGCAAUAUAUCAACCGGUUGUGUCGUCACCUGGCUAUCACUCCAGCCAGACUGCACCCCCACGAGGUCUACCUAGAUCCCAGUGAUGCUGCAGAUCCCCGUGUGGCCUGUUUGCUCAAUGUGCCUGUGGAGAGCUUGCGCCUGCGCUUUGCUUUGCUGCAGUCCCUCAACAACACCCUGGAGAGUUUCUUUCUGCCACUAGUGGAGCUGAGACAGACGCACACAUAUCAGAACAGCAUUGCGGCGCUGUUGUGUGAAGCAAAAGGCCUAGUCUUCUACGACACCAAGGUCACCGUCAUGAACCGAGUAUUAAAUGCUACAGUACAACGUACAGCUGACCAUGCUGCUCCAGAGAUUACACUGGACCCUCUAGAGAUUGUUGGAGGUGAAAUUAGAUCAUCAGAAAACACCUACUUCUGCCAGGCAGCACGCCAGCUCUCCUGUGUGCCAUCGUCUCAGCUCUGUGUGAAGCUGGCCAGCGGAGGAGACCCAACAUACGCCUUCAACAUCCGCUUCACUGGAGAGGAAGUUCAUGGGACAAGCGGCUCCUUCAGGCAUUUUCUGUGGCAAGUGUGUAAGGAGUUACAGAGCUCAGCACUUUCCCUGCUGCUUCCCUGUCCCAGUGCUGCAGCCAACCGGAACAAGGGGAAGUACAUCCUGACUCCGUGCCCUAUCAGCUAUGCAGAAGAGCAGUUGUUGCACUUUUUCGGUCAGCUCCUCGGCAUAGCCAUCCGUGCAGACGUCCCCCUUCCUUUGGACCUGCUGGGAUCGUUUUGGAAAGGCCUCGUUGGCGAGCCUCUCGACCCGGAGCAGGACUUGCAGGAAGCCGAUGUGCUCACCUACAACUAUGUCAAGAAAUUUGCAAAUGUGACCGAUGAGAGCGAGCUGGAGGCCCUGUGCGCUGAGAUCUCCUCGCAGCACCACUCAGGAGAAAGCCCGGAGUCGCCCAGCCGGCCCUGCUGCACUUUUACUUACUUCACGAUGACGGGUGAAGAGGUGGAGCUUUGUCAGGGAGGACGCAGCCUCACUGUCAGCUGGGAGAACAAGGAUGUGUACGCCCGGGCGGUGAGGAGCCUCCGCCUGAGGGAGCUGGAGAAUGUGGAAUGUAUGACAGCAGUGCAGGCAGGACUGGGAUCCAUCAUUCCUAUGCAGCUGCUUACCAUGCUCAGCCCUCUGGAGAUUGAACUGCGCACAUGUGGCUUGCCUUACAUUAACCUGGAGUUCCUCAAGGCUCACACCAUGUACCAAGUCGGUCUGAUGGAGACCGACCAGCACAUCGAGUUCUUCUGGACCGCCCUGGAGAUGUUCACUCAGGAAGAGCUCUGCAAGUUCAUCAAGUUCGCCUGCAACCAGGAGCGCAUCCCGUUUACUUGUCCGUGCAAAGAUGGCGGGCCGGACACAGCCCAUGUUCCCCCGUACCCCAUGAAAAUCGCCCCUCCUGAUGGAGCUGCAGGUCAGCCAGACUCGCGCUACAUUCGAGUGGAAACGUGCAUGUUCAUGGUGAAACUGCCACAGUACACUUCUUUGGAUGUGAUGCUGGAGAAGCUGCGCUACGCCAUCCACUACCGCGAAGAUCCUCUGAGUGGCUGAGGAGACCCCGAGAAGCCGACAUUCCCAAGCAGCAGAACCCAACAUCUCACCACCACCUCCUGCCCCUCAUGGAUCUUUCUCUGAGACCGACCGCAGGCCGACACUCGCUGCUUCGCCAUUGAGCAGCGAAGCGAAACGCUUUUUAUCUCGAAAGGAAACCGACAUAUUGUUUUCAUCGCCAUUUGCCUAAAUUCUGCGUUUUGUUUCAUUCAGGGAGGAUGAUUUUAAUCGGCAGUGAUGGCUACAAAUAAGUCUGAUUUACUCUUUGUUGCACUGAGAUUGUGGAGGGCAUUGAAGUGAAACAGCUGUGAAAGAGUUUUGUUCCUGUAUUCAUUUUUUUUUCUUUUUUUUCCUUGAGCCAGCUAUGUAACUUUAA